CCAACUGCGGCACACCAAAUCCAUCCGCCGAAUCCCCCAGCCCACUCUCGCCGGUCGUCCCCUCCGCUCCUCCUCGGCGAUGGAUCCGGCCGCCGCCGCGAGGGCGCAGGCGGAGCAGUGGAUGCGGGUGGCAGAGAAGCUCCUGGUGGCGCGGGACCUCGAGGGCUGCAAGGAGUUCGUCUCCCAGGCGCUCGGCACCGACCCCCUCGUCCCGGGCGCCAACGACCUCCUCGCGGCCGCCGACGUCCUCCUCGCCGCCCAGCGCCGCCGCAUCCCCAACGGUCAGCCCGAUCCCUACGCUGUCCUCGGCCUCGAUCCGGCCAACCCUGCCGCCCGCCGUCCGGACGCCAUCCAUGCCCAGUACAGCCGUCUCUUCUUCCUCCUCAAUCGCUCCCACCCCGACCGCCCCUGCUCGCUCUCCUUCGCCGAGGCCGCCCGCCUCGUAGCCGAUUCCUGUGCCUUCCUCUCCGAUCCCAUCCUUAAAUCCGCCCUUGACGCCGAACUCGACGCCGCUGCCGCUGCCGCUGCCGCUGCCGCCGCGGCCGCCGCUGCAGCGGCCGCAGCUCGCGCGUACCAUCCCCCGGCUCCAAUGCAACAGCCGCGGCAGCCUCCCCCACAGCCAACUCCACCAAAACCUGCUCCCCAGCCAACUCCACCGAGGGCCGCUCCUCAGUCAACUCCACCGUGGGCGACUCCCCAAUCAACUCCACCAAGGGCGGCUCCCCAAUCAGUUCCACCGAGAGCAGCGCCUGCCCCUCAAUCAACUCCACCGCCGCGGGUGGCUCCGCAGCCACCCGCCGCUGCAGCCGCCCCGCCGGUUGAGCCUGUCGCGCCACCUUCGCCUACAUUUUGGACGGUGUGCAUGAGCUGCUGCCACAUUCACCAGUACGACCGCCUCUAUGAGGCGCGAAAGGUGAUGUGCCCUAGCUGCCGCCAGCCAUUUGUAGCCGAGGAAAUGGCCGAGCCGCCACCCAUUGUUCCGGGUACUGACAUGUACUACUGCACCUGGGGGUUCUUCCCUGUCGGGUUCCCUGGCUGUCCUGGCUUCGAGAAACUGAUGAACUCGCAGCAGCAAGGAACUGAUCAGCUGAAUACACCAUGGCAUGGAACCACUGGUGGUGUGGAAGGUGAUGCUGCAGUUGGUGCUGCGAAUGGGGCGCCGGUUAGAGCUGCAGUGGAGGUGCAAUAUGCACCGAAACCAGCAAAACCUGUGAGAGUAAAGGUGGGGGCAAAGAAGCGUGGUCGUCCAAAAGGCAGUAAGAAUAAGAAGAAUUUGUGAAUGAUACCAAUGAAGGUGAUUGGUAUGAUUAUUGACCAGAUGGGUUUGUUGGGCUAUUCGUUUGAUCCUGCUGUCAUUGUAAUCCACUGAAGCAUUUAUCUGUAGGUUGAAUGCUCGUUUGUAGCUGACAGGAUCCUACAUUGAGAAGCAUUGCAAUGGUGAUAGAAACUUAGUUUUUCAGGCAGUAUUUUGCUCAGAUGCUGGGUUGUAUUACAUCGCUGUUGUUAUGCUUUAGAUGUUAGCAGUUACCUGCUGUAUGUUAUCUAAUUUCGUUGACUUCCUUUGAGCUAGCUGAGCUGAUAUAAGAUUAUUGGGAUAGCGAUUUAGUACCAUGCAUUGUACAUUUUUAAAUUUGAUGCUACUAUAAGUUCUUCUCUAGGUACACUAGGUAGGAUUGCAAACUUGCAGCAAUGAAUCAGAGUUCAUUUUCCCAG